AAAAAAACUAGAAGAAAUCCCCUAGAGAAAACGUUGUUAGUAGGUAGUACCAAAUAGUACCAUCAUCAUCCUCAAUACCAUGCCGGCGGCAAAUCUAAAAAUAACCCAUCGACCGCGCCAGUCUAAAACCAGUACCAUCUUCCUUCUACCUGCUGGCUUCUUGAAAUAAAGAAAAAAAAGGAAAAAUAAAUUAUAAAAAACAAGUUCUAUAGCCGGCAGUACCGAAGCAGUACUUUCGAGCGGUACUGCGCACAAAAACACGGCAAAAAAACGUGUGUGUAAAAGUUAAAAGUCGCGAGGGUUCAGAUCUGGUCUGUAUUUUUGUUGUCCGAAUUUAUUUGGACCGAAUCCAGGUUUUUAUUUUUGUAAUUUUUGUUUUGGUAUAUUCAAGUGCGAGUGAAAAUUAAAAUGUAAGCUUUGUGUGACUAAGGAAUAAUUAUUUAGUGAUUCUGUGCUAUUGUUGUUGUUCUAAGAAGUUAAAAUUAAGAUUAAAAAAAAAUGUCCAAGGACACGAGUUCCAUGAUAUGGGACUAUUUAGUUUUCGUCAUAUUUGUGCUGGCCAGCACCUUCGUCGCCGUUUACUCCAGGUUUUUCGGCCCCAAGGAAAAAACCAAGGCCGACUAUGUUUUCGCGGCCGGAAAAGUAUCGAUGGCCGCCAUGAUGCUGAGCAUCGCCCGAGGAACUUUAGGAGUCAGAUCUUUUUUAGGUUAUCCUUCUGAGUUGUUCUACAGAGGCAGCGCAAUGUGGGAGACCCUUUACGGAAUGGUCCUGGCCUAUCCUAUAGUGUGUUUCGUGUUUGUGCCGGUUUAUUUCAGUUUAAAAAUCACGUCUGUCUAUCAAUAUUUGGAUAUGCGGUUCAAGUCUAGACUUGUCCGGUGUUUAGCGUCAGGGACGUACGUCGUCCGGCAACUUUUGAAUCAGGGGGUUACGGUUUUUACGCCCUGUGUCGCUCUUAAUACGGUCAUUGGAGUACCUUAUUGGGCCUCAAUAGUAGGGAUAUCUGUGGUCAGCAUCGUUUUUAAUAUUUUGGGCGGUCUUAAAGCGGCCAUUUUGGCUGACGUCAUGCAGGGCCUGACCAUGAUCGCCAUUUGCGUCGCCAUCAUCGUCCAAGGGUGCGUCGAGGCGGGCGGUUUCGUCGACGUUUUCAACGUGAGCAAAAGAGACGGAAGAUUGGAUUUUUUCAACUGGAAUUUGGACCCGACCAUUCGUGUGACCACGCCUUCGGCCAUCAUCGGCCAACUUUUCAUGUCGCUGUCAAUUUUCGGCUGUCAACAGAAUUUCGUGCAACGCUACUGUAGCAUGGACUCGCAAAAACAAGUCACUAAGACUCUGAUGUACAACAUCCCGGUGAUUACAGUGCUGUUCAGCUUAUCGUGGGUGGUUGGCAUGGUAGUCUACGCAGUUUACGCCUCUUGCGAUCCCCUGACGUCAGGCUACAUAAAAAAAUACGACGAAAUUUUACCGUUUUUCGUCGAAGACCGUUUCAGCUAUUUGCCGGGCAUUUUGGGACUUUUCAUGGCCAGUUUGUUCAAUGGCGCCCUCAGUUUGAACGUAUCGAAUUUGAACUCGUUGGCGACGGUCGCAUUUGAAGACUUCAUCCGACCUCUGCCGUGUCUCAAAGGAAUGAAAGACUCGAGUCAACUGUGGAGCAUAAAAAUGAUCGGAGUCGUUUUCGCUCUGAUCAUCAUGGGAAUCGCAUUCGGAGUAGGGAUGAUCGAGGGUGUCAUCGAGUCGUCGAUGUUGGUGACGUCAGCAACGUCUGGUCCUUUACUGGGCGUUUUUAUUUUGGCGAUGUUGGUGCCUUGCGCCAAUUGGAAGGGUGCUUCGACAGGAAUGAUAGUCGGUCACGUGAUCGUGCUCUGGAUCACUUUCGGCGGUUUGACAGUUGACAAACCGCCGACCGUCGGUUUGCCGUUGAGCGUCGACGGUUGUUCGAACACGUCAUUUAACGACCACAUUUUGAAAGUCGAGCACCGAAUGACGUCAUGGACGCCGACGCCGACGCCCUCACCUGUCACUUUCUACUACAACAACGACCCAUUGGCACCAUUGAAUACGACUCGGGCCGAAAAAUUAGACCCACUCAGCGCCCUCUACUCGGUCACCUACAUGUACUACUCGUUCCUGGGCACCGUCAUCACCGUUUUAAUCGGCUGGACAGUGUCCUACUUUACCGGCAGCGAGAGCGACCUCUACGACGAAGAACUCAUUCAUCCGUGGGCGAGAAAAAUGGCCGACAUUUUUCCUGGAGAAAAACGCCGGUACGUACACAAAGAGCGCACGCGCAACGCGGUUAAAAAAGUAGGAGGAGCAGGAGCAACAGGAGCAGCAGGAGCAGGAGUAGUAAAUGACGCUUAUGCCUCAGAUAUGCCUAUGGAAGAAAUCGCCGGCACUUACAGGACGAAAUUAUGAUUUUUUUUUUGUGAAAAUAAAAAUGUACUAAAUUUGGUACAAUUGCUAAAAAAAUUUUAAAACAUGUUUUUAAUGAUUUUAAUGCUUUUUUAGAAUUUUUGACUUAAAAAAAAUAAUUGUACUUAAUCUAGUACAAUUCUUAAAAUUACUUGCAGCAUGUUUUUAUCAACAUAAAUACUUUUUUAAAGGUGAAUUUAGAAUUUUUGACUAAAAAAAAUAAUUGUACUAAAUCUAGUACAAUUGUUGAAAAAAGUGUAAAAAAUAAUUAAUCGCCUUUUUAAUUAAAAAACAAUGUAAAGACUGUGAUCUCUAGCUCAUACAAUUAAUUAAUUAAUUAAUUAAUUGAUCGAUAUUAUUAAUUUUUAAUUAUUGUGUCCCCUUCCGAGCCCUCUACUUAUAAUUAUUCGUUCCUGCAGUUUAUUUAAUUAUAAUGACUUUUUUUUGCCGCUAGAUGACGCCAUACUGGUAAACAGAAAAAUUACAGGUUUCUUUAAUUUUUAAGAUUUUAUUAUUAUUAUUAUUAUUAUUAUUAUUAUUGUGUAGUAAUUUAAUUUGAAGUGACAAUAAAUGAUAAUUAUGAUUGAU